AUGGCGACCUUUUUAGAGAGCUCAUACUCCCUCGUCCACCAGGACAACCUCGCCGACACACCCUCCCUCCAGGACCUACGAACACAAUUGGAGAAGGGAUCCGAUGACACUAAAGUGGAGACGAUGAAGCGCAUCCUCACCAUCAUGCUCAACGGAGACCCCAUGCCGAACCUCCUCAUGCACAUCAUCCGCUUCGUCAUGCCCAGCAAGAGCAAGCAGUUGAAGAAGUUGCUAUACUUAUACUACGAGGUCUGUCCGAAGCUAGACAGCAGUGGCAAGCUUAAGCAGGAGAUGAUUUUGGUGUGUAACGGUAUUCGAAUGGAUCUGCAGCACGCCAAUGAGUACAUUCGAGGCAACACACUUCGCUUUCUAUGCAAGCUGCGAGAGCCGGAGUUGAUUGAGCCUCUCCUGGCACCGGCAAGAGCUUGUUUGGAGCACAGACAUAGCUAUGUCAGGAAGAAUGCAGUCUUCGCCAUUGCCAGCAUCUACCAGCACUCUGAGCAGCUCAUGCCGGAUGCGCCGGAGCUUCUUCAGAACUUCCUCGAGUCAGAGAGUGAUAAUACAUGCAAGCGCAACGCUUUUGCUGCUCUGAUGACCAUCAGCCAUGAGAAGUCGCUGGAGUACUUGUCAGGAGUGUUUGAGGGCAUACCCAACGCAAGCGAGCUUCUGCAGCUGGUGGAGCUGGAGUUCAUCAGGAAAGAUGCGAUACAGAACCAGCAGAACAAGGCACGAUAUUUACGGCUCAUCUUCGACCUGCUGGAGGCCAAAGACAGCACGGUUGUAUACGAGGCGGCAAGCAGUCUUACAUCACUCACGAACAACCCUGUUGCAGUCAAGGCAGCGGCAUCAAAGUUCAUCGAACUCAGCAUCAAAGAGUCGGACAACAAUGUUAAGCUUAUCGUGCUGGAGAAGGUCAACCAGCUACGGCAAGCAAAUGAAGGCGUGCUGGACGAUCUGACCAUGGAAAUUUUGCGCGUUCUAUCGUCACCCGAUCUGGACGUGCGAAGAAAAGCUCUUGAGCUUGCGAUGGACAUGGUGUCCUCGAAGAAUGUGGAAGAGGUUGUCAUGCUGCUCAAGAAGGAGCUCGGAAAGACUGUGGACGAGCAGUCCUACGAGAAGAACAACGAAUACCGAUCUUUACUCAUCCACUCUAUUCAUCAAUGCGCCAUCAAGUUCUCGGAGAUCGCGCAGAGUGUGGUCGGUCUGCUCAUGGACUUCAUCAGCGACUUCAACAAUGCCUCCGCAGUUGACGUGAUCAGCUUCGUCAAAGAAGUGGUCGAGCGCUUCCCGAAGAUGCGAUCCAGCAUUAUUGCUCGAUUAGUGGAGACGCUGGGCGAAGUCCGUGCUGGUAAGGUCUAUCGAGGCGCAUUGUGGAUCAUUGGUGAGUACUCGUUAGAGGAGCAGGAUAUUCGAGAUGCGUGGAAGCGCGUUCGAGCCAGUCUUGGCGAGAUUCCCAUUGUCGCUAGCGAGGCACGAUUGCUAGAAGAGCAGCCCGAUGGCGAGUCGACAGAUCUCUUGGACUCCGCUGCGCAGACUAACGGCCAUUCGAAGCCCAGCCAGCCUACAGGCAGCCGAAAGAUACUGGCUGAUGGUACAUACGCCACCGAAUCGGCACUCACAUCCACCGCGAGCGCCAAGGCAAAGCUUGAUGCUGUGAAGGCGGCGCAGAAGCCACCACUUAGGCAGCUGAUACUUGACGGCGACUUCUAUCUUGCGACUGUACUCUCAUCCACGCUCACCAAGCUCGUCAUGCGACAUUCCGAGAUCUCUAGUGACUCUGCGCGGACGAAUGCGUUGAGAGCAGAGGCUAUGCUGAUCAUGAUUUCCAUCAUCCGUGCUGGUCAGAGUCAGUUCGUCAAGGCGCCAAUAGAUGAAGACAGCGUUGACCGCAUCAUGUCUUGCGUACGAUCAUUGGCAGAAUUCGCACAGAAGAAGGAUCUUGAGAUAGCGUUCUUGGACGACACGAGGAAAGCUUUCCGGGACAUGGUACAAGUGGAAGAGCGGAAACGAAAGGAGAAGGAGGACGUGAUGAAAGCGAAGUCUGCCAUCCAAGUCGACGAUGUGAUAUCGAUCCGCCAACUGAAACCCAAGAACGCCAUCGAAGGUGCAGAAGAAGUAGAAAUGGAUCUUGAGAAAGCCACGGGCGGCGACUCAGCAACCGAAGACCUCACCUCAAAACUCAGUCGUGUCGUCCAACUGACCGGCUUCUCCGACCCCGUCUACGCCGAAGCCUACGUCCAAGUUCACCAGUUCGACAUCAUCCUCGACGUCCUCCUCGUCAACCAAACCCGCGACACACUCCAGAAUCUCUCCGUCGAGUUCGCCACUCUUGGGGAUCUGAAGGUGGUUGAGCGCCCCACCACCCAAAAUCUCGGCGCUCUAGAUUUCCUGAACGUACAAGCCACCAUCAAAGUAUCCAGCACCGAUACCGGCGUCAUCUUUGGCAAUGUCGUAUACGAUGGUCCCAGCAGCACAGAUAGCCAGGUCGUCAUCCUCAAUGACGUGCACGUGGACAUCAUGGAUUACAUCCAGCCGGCGCAAUGUACCGAGACGCAGUUUAGGACUAUGUGGACGGAGUUUGAGUGGGAGAAUAAGGUGAAUAUUAAUGCGAAGAUGGGUAAGGGCAAGGGUUUGAGGGAGUUCUUGCAGGGGUUGAUGAAGGUUACCAAUAUGAGUUGUCUUACGCCUGAGGCGAGUUUGGGUGGGGAGUGUCAGUUUUUGUCGGCUAAUCUUUAUGCGAGGAGUGUUUUUGGUGAGGAUGCUUUGGCGAACUUGAGCGUUGAAAAGGAAGGCGAGAAUGGCCCUGUGACUGGAUUCAUGCGGAUACGGAGUCGCAGCCAAGGACUGGCAUUGAGCUUGGGCAGCUUGAAGGGUCUGAGCAAGAUCGGCGAGAUUGCAUGA